AUGGCGACGUCUUCCUGGUGCCUCCCCUCGGUCCUCUUCCUCCUUGCCAUCGCGCUUCUUUUGAGCUCCUGCAAGGUCUCUCUCUCUCUCUCUCGCUCUCUCUCUCUAUUAUCUAUCUUUGUAUCUAUCUGUAUCUAUGGCUCGAUAUUUGGAGUGUACACAACUCUGCUGAUGACGAUGAUUAUUAUCUCCCCAGAUAUAGGUUUUUCGCAACGCCUUGCGCCUGUGUUCUCUCUCUCUCUCUACACUCUACUGAAUACUUAUUCCUUUUGCUUUUUCCUGCAUGCAGGCCGACGUUAACGGGUCUCCAACUUAUCAACCGACGGGCGGAGAGGGCUCUCUGAAUGCAUCAGGUACACCCUUACCCUCACCCAGUCUCCUCCGCUUCUUCCCAGACCCUGGGAAAGAUAGAUAAAUAGAGAGAGAAAGACGAGAGAGAGAGAGAGAGAGAGAGAGAGAGAGAGAGAGAGAGAGAGAGAGAGAGAGAGAGAGAGAGAGAGAGAGAGGGUAGAGAGAGAUUUGACGAUGAGAACGGUGUGUGUGGCAGAGUGUGCACCGAGGUGCGCGGUGAGGUGCUCGAAGACGUCGCACCAGAAGCCGUGCCUCUUCUUCUGCAACAAGUGCUGCCAGAAGUGCCUCUGCGUGCCCUCGGGGACCUAUGGCAACAAGGAGGAGUGCCCCUGCUACAACAAUUGGACGACCCAAGAAGGCAAGCCCAAGUGCCCCUGA